CAUGGGGGAAAGGGAGGGUUGGAGGAAGGACCUGAGAGCUCAGGCCAGAGGGCUUCAGAGAGCAGGCAGCUGGGGCGCUCGCUCCAACUCAGCAGGAGGCUGGGCACUCAGCUCAGCUAUGGCCUGGGGGCGGGGGCGGGGCACAACCCUGUUCGGUCCCCAGAGGUAGCCGGGAUCCUCAUUCGGGGAGGUGUCAGCCCAGCCCAGGCCUCCCCAGGGACAGCACCCGGAGCCUCAUCUUCCUCCUUUCUCUGCUUUCGGACCCAGCCACAGGUGCCUGAAGGUGGGGUGGUCGGAGGGUUCCAGUGGGAUCUAAGGAUCUCAGGGGCAGGCUGAGAGAUAGAAGAGGCAGAGGGAGAAAACAGCCCACUUCUAAGGCUUUGCUAAGAGAUCUCAGUUCUUCCCAGGCUGCUCUGGGCAUAGGAAUUUGACAUCUUUUGGGCACUUUUCUGUAAGAAGAACUAGAUGGAUUUUUUGGGGAUUCUUGGGGAGAAGACUGUGGAUGGGCACUAGACAGUGGCUUCCCAAGGUCUCCGCCUGUGGCUGGGAAGUUCAACAGACUGGCUACCCUGGGCAAACCCAUGGAUUCUCAGUACAGGUUACUGGGGCUAUUUGGGCUUCGGAGGACACUGGACCAGGCCCUAGCCCAGUAGGAUGCCACCUUGUCCUCCCCAGCAGAGCAGGGACAGGGUGACACAGCUGCCCCCUCUGGAGCCAGGGGAGAUGGAACUAACUUGGCAAGAGAUCAUGUCCAUCACUGAACUUCAGGGCCUAAAUGCUCCAAGUGAGCCAUCAUUUGAGCCCCCAGCCCCAACAUCAUACUCUGGACCCCUGCCACCUCCAACUUACUGCCCCUGCUCAGUCCACCCAGAUGUAAGCUUCCCCCUUCCUCCACCACCUUACGAGCUACCAGCACCUUCCUCGAAUACCCCAGAACCCACAUACUCCUAUGGCAACAUGGCCAUACCAGUCUCUAAGCCACUGACCCUCUCAAGCCUGCUCAGUGAGCCCCUCCCUGACCCCCUAGCCCUUCUGGACAUUGGGCUACAAGCAGGACCAACCAAACCCCAAGAAGACCCAGAAUCUGAUUCAGGAUUAUCCCUCAACUACAGCGAUGCUGAAUCUCUUGAGCUGGAAGGGACAGAAGCUGGUCGUCGACGCAGCGAUUACAUAGAGAUGUACCCAGUGGAGUAUCCCUACUCACUUAUGCCCAACUCUUUGGCACACCCCAACUAUACCUUGCCACCUGUUGAAACACCCUUAGCCUUGGAGCCAGCCACAGGCCCUGUGCGGGCCAAGCCCCCUGCACGGGGAGAUGCAGGGAGUAGGGAUGAGCGUCGUGCCCUGGCCAUGAAGAUCCCCUUCCCUACAGACAAGAUUGUCAACCUGCCAGUAGAUGACUUUAAUGAGUUGUUAGCACGGUACCCACUGACGGAGAGCCAGCUGGCACUAGUCAGGGACAUCCGACGGCGUGGCAAGAACAAGGUGGCCGCCCAGAACUGUCGCAAGAGGAAGCUGGAGACCAUCGUACAGCUGGAGCGAGAGCUGGAGCAUCUGGGAAGUGAGAGGGAACGACUUCUCCGGGCCCGAGGGGAGGCUGACCGGACCCUGGAAGUCAUGCGCCAGCAGCUGACAGAGCUGUACUGUGACAUUUUCCAGCACCUGCGGGAUGAAGCAGGCAACAGCUACUCCCCUGAAGAGUAUGCACUGCACCAGGCUGCUGAUGGGGCCAUCUUCCUGGUGCCUCGGGGAUCCAAGAUGGAGGGCACAGACUGAGUGGGUCCUGGAGGGGUGAGACUAGCCACAGAUUUCUCAUUGUGCCUUCUGAUAAGGGUACUUCCCAGGCCAGAAGGGUACAGUGAGAACAUUUGCCAUUUGAACAGGCCAAGGUGUGGUUUUGAUGGUUUGUUGUGUGGCAUGUUUGAGGGGAGGGCUGGAUUUUUCAGUGAUCAAGCUUUCUAGGUCUUCAAACACCUCUUGCUUGAGUUUUAAGUCUGUCAAGUAUUCACCGAAAGCCCUCCACUGUGUUUUCUUUUAUGAGGGAGAUGAAACUGAGCAACCCAAAGAUCACUGCUUUUAUUGGUUGCCAAGCUGAAAAAAAGAAUUCAGGGAGGGCCAGAGCACUACUUAUGCACAUGGAAUUCCAGGAAUCAAACUCAGGACUUUGUGCUUGAGUCCCAAGUUUCUCUACUGCACCACCCUCGCAGGCUCCAAGCAUUUUUUCUUAUGCCAGAACACUGCUCAGUUCUGGCUUAUGGUGGGGCUGAGGACUGAACCUAGUACCUCAGGUUUGAAAGGCUUUUGCAUAACCAUUAUGCUAUCUUCCCAGGCCGGGCUCCAAGCUUUUUCUAUUUUUAUCAUCAGGGUUAUUGCUGGGGCUCCAUUGAGCGUGACUCCACUGCUCUUGAUGACUUUUUUUCAUUCCCCUGGACAAGGGUUAGGUAAGGCAGACUUUAGGAUACAACUCACUUAGUGUGAUGACCUGGGGCUUGAAUGCAGGUCCUGGAAUAUGGUAAUAUGUUCCAUUGGGUGAGCCAUGUGCCCUUUAUCCUCAAUUCAAUGUGAGCCAUUGGUUUGUGAUUAAACUUGGGAGC